AUGAGUUCAAAGAAUAGAAAUAAAAAUAAAAAACAAAAUAAAUACGAAGAAUAAAAUUCUAAAGAUAAAAAAAGACAUAAAAAUACGAAAAAAGUAUAAAAUUCGCCCGAAUAUUAAAAACAUUUAAAAGAAUUUAACGAAUAGCUUAGUGAAUAUAAUCUUUAUAUAAAAGAUGUUGAAGGCGAUGGAAAUUGCUUGUUCCGUUCGAUUUCAGAUUAACUAGAUGGAAAUGAAGAGUAUCAUGCUUAUUAUAGAAAAAUAGUAGUAGAAUAAAUAAAAAGUAAUUAAGAUUUUUUUAAAAACUUCAUUUACGAUAUUGAAUUAGAUAAAUAUGUGAAAGAAAUGUAAAAUAUAGGCACUUGGGGAGGCAAUAUGGAAAUUUAAGCUAUUUCUCAAGCACUUGGACAUAACUUUAUUAUUUACACUAAAAAUAGGCCUUUCAUGGUAAUAAAAGGAGUGUCUGUAAAAGGAAUAACUAAAAAAACUAUACAAUUAGCCUAUCAUUAUGAAGAUAAAGAAGAAUUACAUUAUAGUUCAAUUAGAAAUAUUUCUGAAUUAAAUGUUUAAUAAGAAUUAAAAAAUUAAGCGAUCGAAAUUUUGAUUUAAUAAUUAAAUGAAGAAGAUAAUAAAACAAAAAAUAUCUAAAAUCAAAAUAAUAGAAAUAAAGUAGAAAAAUAAGAAUAAGACGAAUUAAAAUAAACAGAAAGUUAAAUUAAAGAUUUAAAAAUCGAAGAAAACUAGAAUGAAAACAAAAUAGGAAGAAACUAAAAAUGCCUUUGCGGUUCUAGAAAAGCUUAUAAAAAAUGUUGUAUGUUUAAAGACUCAUAAAAUAUAAAAUAAGAGUAAAAUAAAGAGAAACUACAAAAAUAAGCAAUUUUUAUAUGA